AUGAAUGAAUCUAAAACAGACAUAGUUCACUUCUCAUCACGUUUUCGGCCCUCACCUGAAUCAGUGUCUGUUGCUAUUGGAAACCAGGUAGUUGAAUCAUCCUCCCACGCAAGAAACCUUGGAUGCAUAAUGGAUCGCCAUCUUAUGAUGAAAGAACAUGUUGCAGCAGUCUGUCGCUCUGCCAUGAUUGCCAUUCGAACAAUAGGACAGAUCAGACAAUACCUUACGACCCAAGCGACGCAGGCCUUGGUCCAUGCCUUCAUUACCAGCAGGCUUGACAACAAUAACAGUCUCCUUUUUGGACUUCCGCAAAAUCUCAUCUCUCAGCUACAAAGAAUACAGAACACUGCUGCUAGAAUUGUCAAUAAAGUCCCUCGAAAACAGGAUAUAUCCAAAUCACUCAAGCAACUGCACUGGCUACCAGUAGAGAAGCGUAUCAUCUUCAAAAUCCUCGUCAUAACAUUCAAGAGCAUCCAAGGAAAGUCCCCCUCAUACAUCGCGAGUAUGAUCAACACCUACCAACCCUCCCGAUCACUUCGGUCAUCCAACAAGAACCUUUUAGUUGUUCCCAGUGCAACCUCCCACACCCAUUCAGUUGUGGCUCCUACACUCUGGAACUCACUUCCUCUUAGCUUAAGAUCCCAUUCUUCUCCAAGUUCCUUUCCGGGAAGAGAACGGACAGGAUUCUCUGUAGGUCUCGUCUUGUCAUCCUACCGCAUUCUGAGCGACAGUGUUGAAGACUUCAACUUGAAAUGUUGA